GGACCUUUCAUACAACCAGCUUUCAGGCAGCAUCCCUUCCGGUUUUGGCAAUCUGAGUCGAUUGACCAACCUGCUUCUUCAUUCCAACAAUCUCUCUGGCCCCAUCCCUCCAUCCUUUGGCUCUCUGCGCAACCUCGUUGGUCUCAACAUGUCAAGAAACCAGCUCUCCAGCAGCAUCCCUGCAGGCUUCGGUGUUCUCACCCAGCUAACUUCCAUCGACCUUUCAACCAACCAGCUACUAGGCAGCAUCCCUUCCAGCCUCACUGCCCUCACUCGAAUCAAAAACUUGUAUCUACACAGAAAUCAACUCGUUGGCUCUAUCCCUGCCACCAUUGGCACCUUGCAAUCUCUGGUGUCUCUGGUUCUUGAUAACAAUCAACUCACUGGCUCUAUUCCAGUGGGCAUACAAUCUCUCUCAAGGCUCGCACUCCUUGCAAUAGCUCGCAACCAGCUCUCUGGAUCCAUCCCUGACUCCAUCGGCUCCCUCACCAAUUUAGAUACCAUUGCCCUCCAGCAGAAUCUCCUCCAAGGAACGAUUCCUGACACCAUUGGGAACCUUACCCAGCUGUACUAUCUGUCUCUUGCCUCAAACAAGCUGUAUGGUCGCAUUCCUGACAGCUUCUCCCAGCUCACACAACUCACCUACCUCGACCUCUCCAACAACUACCUCACAGGCCCCAUCACACUUCCCGCCAUAAGCACCCCGCGUCUCUCCAACAACUUCCUCUCGGGCCCUCUGCCCGACAAGGCAUGCCAGUCUCGCAAUUUCGAAGCAAACUGCUUCACACUGCCUCCUAACUGCUCCCUGGCGGAGCAGCGGCAGGAAGCAGCAUGCAAUGCAUUCUGUGGCGUCUCCUCUGCAGCUGCAGCUGCUCCCUGUGGUGGAAGAGGGGUGUGCGUUCCAGACGAGGUUACCCUGGCCCCAGCCUGUCUGUGCAAUGCGGGAUUCAUCCAAUCUGGAAGGCUCACCUGCGUGGCUGACGGUAGGGAGCUCCCUGGACCCGGGCAGGAGGUGGCGGGGUGUGGAGUGCAGCUCGCCUUCCAGGCCAACUUCACCUUCUCCCUCUCCCCUCGAUCCGGCCGUGUUGGCAACAAUGGCUUCGCCUUUGUCGUCUCGGCAACGGACCGGGUGGGGAGUGGAUCUGGAGUGGGGUAUGGUGGCAUGGACAGCCGCAGCAUGGCGGUUGAAUUCGACACCACGGUGGACAAGCAGCAUGGCGAUAUGAGCACCCCGCAUGUGGGGCUGAACAUUCAAGGCCAGGACCAGUCAAUAGCCGCUGUGAAGUCGCCGUUUGAGCUGAGCAACAGAAAGGCGUACACAGCGUGGGUGGACUAUGAGCCUGGGGAACCCGGCACCAUCCAGGUGUUUUUGGCUGCCACGGAGGUGAAGCCAGUGGAGCCGCUGCUGGAGAGGAGGCUGGCGCUGUGUGAGGUGCUGCAGGCUGGAGCAGAGCAGUCGGCGUUCUUCUUUGGCUUCGUGGCGUCCACCACUGUGAAGCCCUUCCAGAUGCAUCUCAUCCUCCGAUCGGGAGUCCGCACUGGCCUUCCAGCUCCACGCAAGCCGGUAGACAUCGUUCCAGCCUUUGGACUGACUCUCUCUGUGGCGUCCUAUGCGCCAGUGGGAGCCAGUCCCUUCAUGCGCUACAUGAGUGCGGACUACCAGGUGUUGGCCAACCAGCAGAGUGUCUGGCAAGUCAGCGGCUCCCACUCCUGGGACUCCAUGCCCUUCCUCGGCUGGCCGGUCAAGAACCAGGAUGACUGCAGUGCGAGUUGGGCGUAUGCGGUGGUGGCGAGUGUGGAGGCAGCGUACGGCAUUGCGCUGAGCAGUGAGGCGCCACGGCUGUCAGUGGACUCGCUCUUUGCAGCCAUGGGGCUCACCUCCCUCACUGCCAAGUGCAUGGCAGGCGGCUCUCCUGCCGCGGCCUUUGAAAAGCUUCUCACUCUGCCCUCUGGUGGACUCACAACGGACAGCAAGCCGCCAUCAAGGUACCCCAUCCAGGGCUUUGAGCGCACGAGGUUCAAGGGUUACAUGGGGCUCAUGCUGGCAGUGCGACGACAGCCAGUGGUGGUUCACAUUGAAGCCUCUUCUACCUCGUUUGUACAAUAUGACGGGACCUUCAAGUAUCAGGAUCCUGACUGCUACACUGGCAACCUGGACCAUGCUGUACUCGUUGUUGGGUACCUCCUUUUCACAAACAGUGGCCGCCAAAGCCCCACUGCUCCACCGUUUUGGAUCAUCCGCAACUCGUGGGGAGUGGAGUGGGGCGACAGGGGCCACAUGCGCAUGGGCAUUCAGGGAGGGGAUGGCGUAUGUGGCAUCAACGUGCUGCCUGGCAUCUACCCCAUUGUCAAGAUUCCCAAGGAUCCAUGUGGUCAGAAGAGCUACAAGGGCAGUGGGGAUCUGCAGCCCAGCAUGAACCCGUGUGGGCGCUUCACCUGCCAGCCGAACACAAAGACCAACAGCAACACCUGCAACUGCACCAUACCGAAUGAGACCAAGCAGCCCUUUGUUGAAGUUCCAAAUGGGUCUGGCUCCAACACAUGUGCAUAUGUUGAUGUGUGCGGUUCCUACUCUACCAACCCCUGCGCUGUGGGGACAUGCAUCAAUGAUGGCAAGGGCGCCUACUCCUGCAUCUGCCCUCCCAACUACGUUGGCAGCAUAACCGCUGACAACCUCCCCACCUGCGACCUAGCCAACACAACAGCCUCCAUGUUGACAGUCAACGGCGCCAACUGGCGGUGCUCGGAUGUUUCCCCUGUGGUCAGCGUCUCCUUGGCUGGCUUCACAUCGCAAAACAUGGCUGUUAAGUGCGACCAGCCUUUGCCACAGGGCAAGGUGAUUGCGCUGGAAAGCGCUCCCGCCACCCCCUGCACUGCAUUCUUCUAUGCCCUCAAAGGCGACACCUGCUCCUCUAUCAGCGUCCAGCUGGGACUCGCAUCGACGUACCUUGCCUCUCUCAAUCCCGGGCUGGACUUCUCUGAGCCCAUCAAGGCGGGCCGCUCUCUCUGCAUCGAGCGCAACGCCACCUUCGCCUUCACCGUCCCUCGGUGCUUGCAGUACAGCAUGCUCUCACCUCAGGACACGUGCGAGAGCUUGCUGCUGCAGAGCAUGGAUUCAAGUGGGGAUGGGUCCACAGGGGUUCAAGUGAUGACUGCCAGCUGGAUUGGUCUCUACCGCAACAAUCCUGGCAUCAUCUGCCCCCGCACCACCCCUGCCUCCAGUGCCUCUGUUGCCAGCACGCAGGUUUGUCUCAAGGCAGACUACGAGUCCAUCAAUUCUAACACUUGCAAGAUGGGCAGGCUCAAGGUGGUCUCACCGUUGCUCCCAUGCUCGGGUGCUUUCAGCUUCUUUGGUGGAGCAAAAUUUGGAGCAGCUGCAAAAUUUGCUGAAUACAAUGGCAGGGCAUGCGCAGAAACUGUAGGGGUUCAAUCUCUUUGUGUGCCAAAGUGA